AUGAGUUGUGACAAAAAUCGCGAUGCGCUCACGGGUGAUGAGUACAUCGAUGAGGUCAAUUACAUCCUGGAUAGCAUUCGCCGCAAGGUACUGCAAGAUCGCCCCGUGGACAUCUUCGGCUUUAUCAAAACGACCACUCAACAACUCGCCCUCAGCCGUUUCCCCCCCAAGCCUUCCACGGAGAUCCUCGCGAAGGUCUCGGGAAAGGUGACGGAACGCCCGCUGUCGAUUGUCCUGUUCGGCGCGAGUGGGGAUUUGGCGAAGAAAAAGACCUUUCCCGCCCUGUUUGACCUCUACUGUGAUGGCCUCCUCCCGCGUGAGAUUAACAUCGUGGGGUACGCCCGGACGGUGAUUCCGGACCUGGCAGCCUGGCAGUAUGGAACCCUGGCGAAGUACUUUGACCGGCUGGAUCGCCACGAAUGCCACCUCGCGCAGUUCUUCAGCCGGGUGAGCUAUCUCUCAGGGUCCUACGACCGUGUGGAGGACUUUGCCCGAUUGCAGGCUCACCUCACCGCGCGCGAGGACGCCUUUGCUGGGGCGGAAAAGCACGGGAACCGGCUUUAUUACCUCGCCCUCCCACCUUCGGUGUUUGUGCAGGUGUGCCGGGGGAUUCGACAGGCCGCCCUGCCACGGGCGGGGGGGUGGGCGCGGCUCGUAAUCGAGAAGCCUUUCGGAUCCGAUACGGAGUCCUCCGCCAAGCUCUCACGCGACUUGGUGAACCUCUUUAACGAAUCUCAGAUCUACCGCAUUGAUCACUAUCUGGGGAAGGAGAUUGUGCAGAAUAUCCUGACAACCCGCUUUGCGAAUAGGAUUUUCAGCUCCACCUGGAACUCGAGCAACAUCGCGUGUGUGCGAAUUACGUUCAAGGAAACCAUUGGGGUGGAGGGGCGGGCAGGGUAUUUUGAUAAUUAUGGGAUCAUCCGCGAUGUGAUGCAAAAUCACCUUACCCAGAUCCUCGCCUUGAUCUCCAUGGAGAAGCCACGCACUCUUGAUACCGAGUGCAUUCGCGAUGAAAAGGUUUUUGCGUUACGCUGUAUUGCGCCUGUAAAAAAAGAGGAUUGCGUUCUUGGCCAAUACACCGCAUCGCCGGAUGGAUCAAUCCCGGACUAUCUGAAAAGUGAAGGAGUCGCCAAAGACAGCAAGUGCCCGACCUUUGCGUGUAUGGUCCUGCACCUCAACAACGAUCGUUGGAAUGGGGUGCCUUUUAUUAUUAAAGCGGGAAAAGCCCUGGAGGAUAAAUCGGUUACUAUUCUCAUCCAGUUUAAGGAUGAGAUACACCCGUACCAGGACUCUGCGCAGCGUAACGAGCUGGUGAUCCGCGCCCAGCCAUCGGAGGCGAUUUACCUGAAAAUCACCACUAAAAAUCCCGGUGUUUUGGGAAAACUCAGUGAUACGCAUCAGACUGAGCUCGAUCUCACAUACCGUUCUCGCUAUAAUGUCCGAUUUCCGGAUGCCUAUGAAAGCCUCAUUAACGAUGCGAUACUGGGAAACUCGACGAACUUUGUUCGAAAGGAUGAGUUGGAUGCGGCGUGGCGCAUAUUUACUCCCCUUCUUCAGCAAAUCGACCAAGGAGAUGUAGAUUUGAUUCCGUACAUGGCCGGCACGCGUGGGCCAAAGGAGGCUGAUGAAUUGAUAUUUCGUAGUGGCUUUAAAUAUGCAAAAGACUAUCAUUGGCCUGCAUCCAAGAACAAGCUGUAA